AUGAUAACAUCCCUGCUCGAGCGUUUGAUAAUUUCCAGGCAUUUUGUGAAUUUCACAGAAAUAAUGUCAAAGAACAUGGAUCAGUCCAGAAAGGAAACCGAAUUUGCACUCGCAGCCUUGAUGGAAAUACCCUCCCAGUACAAGGCAACACUAGAGCUUAAUAUAUUGGGUGCUCGUAGAGGGAAAGAGAUAGACAGGGUUCCUCUGCCACCACCUCUAUAUGGUGCAUCAUCUUUCAAUUCCCCCAAAACUUCCCGUCAAAACAGUUUUUGUCCCAGUGCACCAUCUAGCAGACAUGAUGUUAGCACGAACCCUCCUGCAACUUCUGCUUCUGCUUCUGAUAAUCAGGUUUGUCCCAUUUGCCUCACCGAUCCUAAGGAUAUGGCCUUUGGUUGCGGACAUCAAACAUGCUGUGAGUGCGGACAAGAUCUUGAGUUAUGCCCCAUUUGCAGGAGUACCAUUGAUACUAGAAUAAAACUUUAUUAA